UAACGAAGAGGAACUAUUCUUCGAUAGUUUGUUCCACACGGACCUUUUACUCCGCUGCACCAUCCAAAAUAGCUGCUGAUCAUGGCGAGCGGUCAGCUGUGCAAACUUCACGGCUUGUUGACGCGGUUUUCUAGCGCUUUUGCUGCUCGAUCUGGUCGUCGCUGUUGGGUACCGAUUCGAUACAAGUCAAGCGUUAAUUCUCCAAUAGCUGAGCCUCCUAAAAGUGAUGUAGACAUUGGAGUGACAUCAGACGGGAAAACCAUAGUGUGCUACCAUCCUGCUGUGGAUAUUCCCUAUGAAUUCACCCAGCCUGUGGAACGUCCAGACCCUUUGACCAACUCCAUAGAGACUCAUGAUCAGGUUUUAAAGGCUCACCUCAGCACGGAGGUGCUGAAGGACAAAAAGGGACCAACUAUAGAGGAGCUUAGCAAGAUGUUCUUCACCACUAAACACCGCUUUUAUCCAGUAGGACAAUAUCACAGGAGGCGCAUCAACAAGAACCCCCCCAAGGACAGAUAGAAACAUAUUUAAGCCUUUUAACUUAAAAUUUGUCACACCUGUUUCCACCACCUGAUAAAGUUUUUCUUGUCCAUGUGUGGUUUUGUUUUUUUAUCAGUUUGUCAAUAAAGUAUGUCCUUUAAAGUAA